AUGAAGAUAGCCGUAGCAGUUCUUCUAGUCUGUGUGGCUGCACCACAAAGUAAGUAAUUCUUUUAGUCUGCCUCUUCUUUCGCAAGGAGCAAAAAAGUAAGGCUGUGCUGCUCACCCUCUUGACACUACAUGGGAAAUCGUUGACCGUCAUCAAUUGAAUCUUAAUGUCAGACCCGUUUUCUUACACUUCAGGGAGAAAACGGCCGAUUUUGUCCCAAAAAUUAGUCGGGACUGUUAGAACAAGCUUAUGUUUUUCCCAUUUUCCUACACUAAAAGCUCUUAAACGUGCUGACGAAAUUUCCCUAAGAUGCGCAACGUGAACAUUGCAAACGUCGGAGUAGCAUGUGGCAUGGGCGUCGCUGAAAGAAUUCACACAAUUCACACUCUACACUAGUGUAUAUUUUCUUUGAAUGAGUAUUUUUAAUUUUCGCGCGUAGAAGGAAUCUGUAUUAAGCAAAAUUCGAACCUUCUAACCUUGCAAUUGUUUCGUAAUUUGUCGAUGUCAAUUGAGGAUUUCAGUGUUUGCGGUAUUGAUUCAGUGAUUGCUAUCGGCUGCCACGAAAUCGCUAAAUCCCAAGUUUAGUAAACCUUUCCAGUUAUAGCUUCCCUCAAUUUCCUCUGCUGUUAGAACGAUUUCAUCAGAGGAAUGUUACAUGACCUUUCGCUUUGUCGUCGUGCGUAUGACAUACGAGGAUCGGAAACUCAAGCUGUAAAAUGAUACAAGGAAUUUGUCGAAAUCACUUCAGACAUUUGAUCGACUUUUAAGCUUACUCAGACAUUUUCCCAGAUUAUUCCGAGAAAACUUGUAUUUUAUUUUCUUGAAAUCAUGUCACAUGAAUUUAGCGUCGAAAUGUCAGGAAAUGGCACGCUAGGAGAUAAUCUCUCAGAAGCUCAUAUUCUGAGAAUUAUUGUUUGGGUUUAGAAACGAGAUCUUAUGACCUGACAGUCUAUGUUUAGUCUUUCUUUCCCAUAUCACUGCAAUUCCUUGUUUAGGCACUCACGAGUAAGACAAUCAAAAAUUCCUGAACGCAGUCCAAUCAUGGGGUUCGAUUGCUGAAAGUCGGUUAUUCGCUAAGAGGAGCUCAGGUCCUCACGAGAUGUGUUGUUUUUCUCCUCCCUCGUUAUCGCCAACGUCAUUCUACUGAGAAUAUCAUCACAUUCAAAAAUUGGUCUUGGCUACAUUAUGUGUAGUUUGAAACUCGAUAACACUACGUAAAACAGUUAGAAUGUUAAUAAUCCUAGCCUACAUUACCCCAAAAGGCGUAUGGAAUUGCUUUUGCCUACUGAGCUAAAAAAUUUGCACCGUAAGCAGCAAAGGAGACAGAAUUCCCACAACUUGGCCAAAAAUUCGAUUUUUCCAAACGUUACUCUUGGUUAAAAGCCAAGAUUUUAACAUCCUUUAGCUCUUAGAUAAAUAUUGCUGAUUAGGUUACGUUUUAUUGGACAAUAAUAAGCUUCUGAUGACAACUAAUAUUGUUUGCAUUCUAUGUUAAGAUUUUCGGACUUUAGCCAUAGAUCUCUAUGAAGUGUGUUACAUGAUACGCCUUCUCAAAGCAUGUGAAAGGAUUAGUUUGCAAAAAAUUAAAGCGACUCAACAGCCGUUAGGAAGUCUCUUUUGGGUUUUUUUUUGGAGCCAAUCAAAGAGGAAGGAUAUACAGCAUAUUAGAGAUUAUGUUACGAAAUAAAGCUCAGCUCAAAAGCUUAAAUAUGGCUGUUUUCGUACUCCAUGCUGUUGUGUUUUCACAUCGAUGUUUCCUCUCUUUGUCUCUCAUGCGUCAUAGCAAAAAAUUGCAAUCUAAAGCUCUCAAGAGCUCUCUUGUGUCACUUAUAUUUCAAGAAAUUUCACAAUUUUUCUGAAUUUGCUCGUAAUCGUGGGCAGAAGAAAAAUCUGUCACUACUCUCAAAGCAAUGACGGAAUGGCCAAAGUCCGGACUUAGAUAAGACCAACCCCCGCAGAGAACGAGGGACGAAGUUCAAGCUUGCACAGGCAAAAAUUUCAAUGCUUCGUAAAGCAACUUUACUCUAGGAAAAUAACUAAAACUUUGUAUGUAUAGAAAGAGCCUGGCUUACUUUCUUUUACGUCCUAAUUGAUCAUUUAAAAUAGAUAUUUCGCGAUCAAUUUUUAGUUGAAUAGAGAGCUUCUAUUUAUUUCGUAGGCUACAGAUUCGAAAUAGAUUCCGAUCUGCAUGAGUCAAAAAAUAUUAUUAACGCGUUCUUGAACCUGUAAUUUAUUACUGUCAUGCUGUAAGAAGAACUCUUUUGGUCGAAUGACUAUUUUAAACAUAUAGUUAUUGCUGCGUCACAGACCUUGUGCAGCCUCGCUCAUUUUAUUUUUCCUCGCAUGACUUUUUUGACCGCUAUAAGAUAAAAAAGAUAUGGCGCGUGGGCAGACCAACAUGCGCUUGCAUGGAAACGUUUUGCCAGCGUCAAAUUCUUUCAUAGCACUUGAUGAGACAUGUAUCUGUCAUUUUUUCGCGCGAGACACACGCGCGUUGCUCUCUGCUUGUCCCUCGCUUUAGGUUAUCUAUGCUCCUGUAUUAAGAAUUGUUAAACUUAACGUCGGUUUCUUAUAACUGUGGUGACACUUAUCGUCGCAUUUUAUAUUUUUUCUCCGAAAGUUUUCGGAUUCUCGCUCCCCUCUUUCGAGUAUGGCGAAGCUUUUGAAAAAGCCAAAGAAAUUGGACAGGAAGUUUUUCAGGAGGUUGGCAGACGCACUGAAGAGAAAAAGAACUCGUUGCUAGAAUCGGGAGAACAAGCGGUGGAAAAGUUGAGGCAGAUGAAAGAAGAGAUCAGCAAGCGCGCUGGGGAAGUGCAAGAAACUGUGGAAGGAUCUGGAAUGGAAGCGGCGGAGAAGUUGAAGGAACUGAAAGAUCAGGUAACCCAACGUGCCCAGAAACUAAAAGGAAGCGUUGAAGAAACUUUGGAAGAGAAGAAGAAAUCUCUCCAGGAAACAGGAGAACAAGCUGUUGCGAAGCUGAGAGAACUUGGAGAACAGGCCACCAACCGUGCUGAGGAGAUGAAACAAACACUUCAAGAAACAGGAGAACAAGCCAAGGAGAAGUUCGAAGAACUGAAAGAACAGGCAAGCCAACGUGCCGAGGAAAUGAAGGGAAACGUGGAAGAAAUGGUGGAGGAAAAUAAGAAAAAAUUUCUCGAGAAUGGAGAACAAGCCAUGGAGAAGUUGAGAGAACUGAAAGAACAGGCAAGCCAACAGGCCGAGGAAAUGAGAGGAAACGUGGAGGAAAUGGUGGAGGAAAAUAAGAAAAAGUUGUUUGAGAAUGGAGAACAAGCCAUGGAGAAGUUAAGAGAACUGAGAGAACAGGCAAGCCAACGUGCCGAGGAAAUGAAAGGAAACGUAGAGGAAAUGGUGGUCGAGAACCAGAAAAAAUUAUUUGAAAAUGGAGAACAAGCCAUGGAGAAGUUGAGAGAUAUGAAAAAGAAACUCUGGAAUGAAAUGAAACAGAACGCUGGCACAAACAAAGAGCAACUGCUGCAAGCCUUCCGUCAGAAGAAACAAGAAAUGAAAGAAUACUGGGGCGAGAUAAACAAGCAAGCUGGUGAGGGCCAAGAAAAAUUCAGGAAAAUCUGGAGGGAGAACAAAGACAAAUUGCGUGAAAAGGCAGAGGAGGUCAGUGUAACCCUUUGUUGUUUCUAUAUUAGUGUUGUUUUAACUCUUCUUUCGGGUAUAAAAUUUGCUUCUUAGACAUUUACUAAAAAAAAGUUCUAGUGCAAAAGAACCCGUUUGGAUGGAAUACGUUAGCUAUAGAACCAACACCAAAGAGAUCACAAAGAACAAUUAGAAAUGAAAAAUAUCACGAGGAGCCUGAAAAACUCAAUAUAGAAACGACCAUACUGCAUGAAACCUUUAAUCCCUGAGAUUUCUGACCUCUUAUUUCUCCCUAUUGUGUUACCCUUGAAUCAAAUGUGAAGGUCUUGAGAAUGUAGGAAAUGAUCGCCAACGUAAAUAGUUCUUGAUUGUCAAACAGAUUCUCCUUUUCGACACCUUGCGAAAUGUAUAGAGACCAGUAUGGAGAAUGUAUAAAGCACCGGAAAAGCGAUAAUUUGUUGUCAGUUUUGCAUAAGGCUACAUUGGUCCAAGGUCUGGUGCAUGUCUCAUGAGAAAGAUAACGUAAUGAUAAAUAUGUCCCGGAGUUACAUAAGUGUGUAAUUACGGAGUAUUUUUCUUUACAGCAAUGGGUGAAGUUCACUCAAAUGACCACUGAACAACUCGAACAAGCCAAAUCGGAAAUUACUGAUCUUGAAGAAAGACUGGUCUCCAGCCUUCCCGAGAAACCUUGGAAACAAUUGAAAGACAUACAAACGACUGUCAAGGAUGUCAUAAAGUAAGAGAGAUAACUAAAGUAUUCGCUCAUUUUGCAAACAGUAUUUAGGGGAUAUGAGGAGGGUACGUUUUCAUGGAACUUUGGUAUUCAAAAAUAAACACAAAUAACGUGUGAUUUAUAUUUUAAACCCUCGGAUGAGGUUUCAUGACCCACCUUGGUACUCGCUGUUAAAUAACUAAAUAUGGUAACAACAUACUGUAACCAGAUCUUUUUUGUUUUCUCCUUAGGUCUCUGGCAGAAAUUCUGAAUGUAAAAGUACGACAACUGCAACCCGAGGAGCCUGAGCCGACAGAAAUUCCGUUCACCGGUGAGCCAAGCGAAGCUCCGAUCACCGGCGAGUUCAGCGAAAGCAAUGCUGCCGAUGGCGGUGUCGGAAAAAAAGAAGAAGAGCCCCGUUUUUUCUCGCGCCUCCUGUCCGAGCGCAAAAAACGCAAAAUGAAGCAGAUCUUGAAGCAAGGAAGAUCCUCCCUGUGGAAGUUGUGGAAAAAGAGCAGAGGUCUUAACUAGAAGAAAAAUCAGCCUUGAGGUUCUCGCCUUGUUUUUUCACUCAUAACGUUUUGAUUUACAUAGUUAAUUUAUAUAUAUAUAUUAUUUCAUGGGGUUCCAUGGGUUCAAUAUAGGUAUAUCUGAUUAUAAACAGUUCUGAGGCACUCUUGUCCCAAUUGAUGCCUACUGAGGAGCAAAUUACGUGACGAAGCAUUUAUGAAUUUUGGUGAACUCUUUGUUGCAGUUGCAAACACGUUUUCGAUCUCUUUUUUUUUGUUUUGUUUUGUUUUUUUUUGUAACGUAAGUUUCUCGUCAUCAAGUGUCGUCCUCUUUGCCGACGACAACGAGCUCGGUGAUUUUCUCAGUCUUAUUUUGUAUCUGGGAUAAACUUCUUAAGGGGACCGAAUAUUAACCGUGAAAUUUCGUGUUUGAGUCGAAAAGUUUCUUUCUUUGAUCAAAUAAAGACAUUUUGAAAUAUAAAAGCUGUUGUUGUCUGUGCUGUGUGUGUCAAUUGAAUGAUCAGUUGUUUGACGUUCGGGGUAAUCACUGAAGUUUCUGCAGGCUACUUUUUAAUAUUCUCCUCAUGGUGAGUAAUAUUCACCGCCUGUGUGUAGUGCUUCCGAAGGAUUAUGGACUUUUCACUACUUGAGCGCUAAUUUUACUUGUUUGCAUGAAGAACACUAUCAAUAACUUAAAGUCAACCAGGUAGUUGCAAUUUCAGUCAUACAAAUCUCUUUAAGUAAAGAAACGAUACGAAAGGACUCGAUUGAAAUUUUUAAGUCGUCGCUCUAGGGAAGAAUUCCGAAAAUCUAUUGAAGCAGCCUCGGGGAAUUUCAUAUUGCAUAGAGUUGGCGCGAGGUUCUAGUUGUUGGAGAUUUGCUAUAGACUAUUCUUUUCGCAACCACGAAAUCCCGCUGGGUGUAAUUUUCAGUAAAUUUGUCCGUUAAAACCUUUUGGAUUCUCCAUACUGGUCUUUAUACAUUUCUUUAGGUGUUGACCAGGAGAAUUUGUUUACUGAUCACACGCUUCUUUUUUUGGGCAUCAUUUUCUUCAUUCUCAUGACCUGAAUGUCUGAUUCAGGUGUGAUAUUGUAGGGAGAAAUUAGAUGCUGGUCAUUCUAUGGGUUUAAAGGGUUAACUAUUGUUCCUCUUCGACAAAAGGAAGUGAAAAAGACUUCUUCUCUCCACUUUCCCUCCAUUUCCGUGCGCGAAAUUAUAGUAGUAAUUGAGAAGAGGGCAUCACCCAGAAAUAAUACAUCUGGAACUCAACUACGAUCUGGACUAGACGUGGCCUAGAACUUACGGUGCAUUGAAAAUAUGUGUGUCAUGAUAACGUGUUAUCGUGUGUUAUCAUUGAAGUACAUUGAAAUUUAUUUUGCUUUUGAUAUGGCUUCAGUUAAAAAUAAAAUCGGAUAUCCUGC